UAGAGGCGAGUCCAUUGAGACAGGAGCCGUCCAAAAUCCAUUCCACGCCGUCCUCAGUGUCGACCGACGCCAUGUGGAUCCUUGGAAUGUUUGCUUGCUUGUGUAUCCACUCAGUCACAGUGUUUGCUGCACCCCGGGGCCUCACAGCUUGUCCCCGCUACUGGGUUCCAGAGGGCGAAGACUUGAACGGUUGUCCAUCACGUUGUUUGAACCAGGCUACCGGCGAGAGGAUUUAUCUUCUCGUCCGUUAUACUCUGAAGGGAGCUCUCCUCAAGGGAUGUGUGCAGUGCGAGGAGCGUUGGAUUGAAAAUACGGACUGCGUAAUGAUCCUGUGCCCGGAGAGUGAUUUAUCAUGCUCUCAAGAGGUUGGAACGACGGAAGCAGAACCUUCUCUUCCGCUACUAUCCCGUGGAGUAAUGGCGGAGAAAACUCGACAUCUAUCCCUUGAGCUGUUCAAUAAAUUGUACCCCGCGGAGGUUUUGCGUCAGAAUCUUCCUGGAGGAGGCACCAUGCGAAUAUUCAUGCCCACACAGCGACCGUAUGCACAGUUCCCGCAAGCGCCAGGCUCGACCCCCCAGAAUACGACUGAUGCAUCCCCGGGUACAAGUAGUGCUGAAGUCGUCGUUCUGAACGACUACCCCAGGCCCAACUCCACCGCGGGAACGCCUUCCCGACUCCAGGCUACGCAGUCCGAGCCGAUUUCAAUCCAAGCCCCGCAUGUCGCGGUAUCUGCGAAUGUCACCAAGCCUCUUUCGGGAAACUCAGGAAUAAACCAGACGAAGACCGAAGCCCCCAAAAUCGAUGACAACAAUCUGAAACCCUUCGAGAGCAGUCUAGAGCGUAAUCAUACUAUGUCGGAGACUCCGUCGUCGACGAUACCGCCUCCCGCUCCGGCACCGAGAGUCAAGACUCGCUAUUCGAACGUUCCCACUCCCAGGACAACAACCCGAUGACCUUGAGGAACACGACCCGAGGGCCCUUAGGUGCAUAGUCGAAGCAAUCUGGAGACAAAACCUGGAGAACAUGGAACAACGUCUCGAGUGAGGCUGUCACCCCCUCCGAUAUUGUUCCCCAGGAAUAAAACGGCGGGUUUUGUAUUUAUUCGAUUCAAUUCUCGAAAAACGAGGUCUCCUGCGAAGAGCUAAUAGAUUCCGGAGCGUUUUCGGGCUGAUCCACACAGCCAAGGUUUAACGUCCCGGGUACUGUUAUUCACAUUGCAUCCGAGGACGGAUCCAUAGAGCAAAUGUACCCAGGAGGAUCAAGGCCGAGUACCUGCGUUUCCGUAAGGAAUAUUUUUCCGGCAGCAGGGAUCGAACCCACACCGCCUCCCGCGCGAGCGGCGUCGUUGCGGCAUUUCACGAAGUGAAACGCACGUUUGCACGAGUAGUGACAAACGCGCUACCCACUCGACCACCCGUCGGUUGAUACUCUGGAGCUAGAAGGAGAUAACAUUCCAUACCCCGACUCAUUACGUGAGACUUAUCUGCGCGGAAUCUUCAUAGAAUUCAUUCUUCUCUUCUUAAUUUAUUCACAGCUCCCAUGAUCGUAUACGGUAAAUAAAUUAUCUCUGCCGAUGCGAGAUCAGA